AUGCCAGUUAUCUUUGACUUGAAACACCAAGUCCCCAGUGAUGAUAAAGUGGGAGCUUUAUUUAGUUCCGAGAUAGGCAACAUUGUUCGGACUAGUACACCAGUAUGCCACUUGGGAUGGAAGAAGGUUUCAACUGAUGAUAAGGGGAAAAUGCGGGACUCAUUGACAGUAUUGUUUGAGGUGAACUUAUCACAUCCGAAGAUUCUUGAAUAUGUGGAUAAGAAGAUGGCAAAGUUAUACUCUCAAUUCAAGUGGAGGUUGCAUGAACACUACAAGACAUGCGGAACACCUGAAGCAGGACGUUCGAAUCUACCACACCCUAGUUUAUGGAAUGGGAGACCAAUGAAUCAUUGGUAUUGGUUGUGUGAUAAAGUUUACACUGCUGAAGACUUUUUGGAGCUAUCCAAUCAAAAUGCUGACAAUCGAAAGAAGCAAAAAUAUCACCACAAGGGUGGUGCAAAGCCAUUCAUCCAACAUGCUAUGAAGGCCCAUAAGGUAAAUGAAACUGCAGUACAUAGCUUAGUAGUUAUUUUGGUUAUUCUUACAGUGGAGCAUUGUUAUCUAUGA